ACCGUCUUCCGCGAACACAAGUACUCGGCCAAGACUGCAGCAGCACCCGCACACAGCCGCCGCCGCCGCCGCCGCCUAUUCCCCUUCCACCCCACCAUCUCGUCCGAUUUUCCCGGCCUUCCGUUCCCGUCGGCGACCAUUUCCCCUCCUCGACACAUCCGGUGGCCGGCAAGGAGAUGGCCCCGACGCUGAUGGAGCUCCCGGGCAGCCUCCUCACCGAAAUCCUCCUCCGGCUGCCCGACCCGGAGGACCUCGCCCGCGCCUCGGCCGCCUGCCCCGCCUUCCGCCGCCUCGCCACCGACGGCUCCUUCCUGCGCCGCUUCCGCCGCCUCCACGCCCCACGGUUUCUCGCCUUCAUCGACCUCGACGGGUUCCAGCCCGCGCUCCCGCCCCACCCCUCCGCGCCCGCCGCCCGCGCGCUUGCCAGCGCCGCUGACUUCUCCUUCUCCUUCCUCCCCUCCCACUGUCGCUGGAUCCCGAUGGACGUCCGCGACGGCUGCGUCCUCCUCGGCCGGGACCACGGGAAGGACGCGCGGCCUCCGAUCUGCAGGGAGCUCGCGGUGUGCGACCCCCUGCACCGGCGGUACGUCCUGCUCCCCCCGGUGCCCGACGCCCUCGUCGCCUCGGUGGAGCGCCCGCCCCCCGUGCUACGCAGGCCCUCGGACGAGCCUCUCCUCCUUCCCCUCAGCGAGAACGAUGCGGCGGCGGAAGGGACGGCAUUCACGGUGAUCUCUAUGGUGCAUUGCGAGACUAAGCUGGUCCCCUUUGUAUUCUGUUCGAGCACCGGGCAGUGGCGAGCCGCGGCACCCAUGCUUUGGUCGGCCAUGCCAGUGUCGCCCAUGGAUCCUGCUUAUCUCAGGCGGCACCACGCCUAUGGCUGCUUCUACUGGGACUCCACCAAUAUCAAGAGGAAAGAGUUGCUUGUGCUUAACAUCCAGAGGAUGGAGUUCUCCAUCGCCGAGCUCCCAUCCUCUGGUUGGGGCACUCUAGGCGUGGCCAUUGUGGAGGCAGGGGAAGGCAGGCUUGGGCUGUUUGGCAUCCGUGAUGGAACCGCAGGUGGCAGCAAACAUGACCUCUGCUACAGCGUUAGGCAGAACAAAGGCAAGAAUUCCGGCCAGUGGCGGAUGGUGAAGACGUUCUCACUAGGUCCUGAGGGCCUGCAUUAUCUCAAAGCUGCAACAGAGAGGUAUGUGCUCCUGAUAUGUUCUGAAGCCCCACGGUUCGUUGGCUUGUCUAUGGUGAUGCCAGACUUGUUGGAGUAUUUCUCGGUGGACGUCAAGAAGUUGCAGCUUGAGAGGGUCUGUGUGAAGCCUUUCGGGAAGUCCUUGUCCAGGACGCGCAUAUAUGCCCACUUCCCGCCAUCGCUGUCUUCGCCGACAAUAUGAAGUGAUUCGCUGGAGCCGCAAACAGAUCAGCAUUCUCAAUUCAAGACAACUGGGAUUUCAGCAGCGUGGAUGUAGCAUCAUUGUGAAUGUUCUCAAUUCGCGGUAGACGUCAUCACCUUGCCUAUAGGAUGGUACUAUUUACAUUGCUUUGCCUGGCGUUCGUCAUGUAUAUGUUUUGGUUAAUUAUUGUAGCAUCAUUUUGGAUGUUCUUUUCUGAGUGCGGCAGUGUUCGUGUCUAUGUUGUGUUCUUCCUUUGAUACCAUAAGAAUGUUACAUUUUAAUUAACGGUCCCAAUCAAUCAAGAACUGUAGUAAAUCCACCUUUAUUAUUUA